AUGGAAAAUUCAGAAUACGCCACGGCUCCGGUCCAGAUCAUCAGGGUCAACAACAGUACGUUUGCAUACCGACUGUUUGGCAACAACAGCAGGACACAACAAGACGACGGCGACGACGACGUCCCUCUCCUCCUGCCGACGCACUUCCGCAGCCGUCUGGACUUCUGGGACCCUGCCUUGAUCAACGCCCUCGCUACGCAACGCCGACUGCUUCUGCUCGACAACCAUGGCAGUGCGGAGCCCCAGUCUCUCAAAGGGAGCAAAAGGACCGCAAGGCCCGAUGCGCGACGAACCCAGACGGCAACGACGUCGCCCGCGACGGCCCUGUCCUUUCAGUUUUGGGCCAGGGAGAUCGUGGCCUUGAUCAAGGCACUCGGCUUCAAGCAGGUCGAUGUAUUGGGAUUCAGCAUGGGGGGCUUCAUUGCGCAGAUGUUGGCUCUCGACGCCCCCCCCGGUUUGAUCAGAAAACUCAUCCUCGCGGGCACCGCGCCCAGCCAGGGACCGGGCGUCGAAAGUGGGGAUAUGCAGUACUUCCAGAAUCUGACGAAUGCAGUCACGGAUGGCGACGUCAAGGCAGGCUUCCUCGCCGGAUUCUUUGGGUUGAGUGAAGACAGACAGAAAACGGGUGAGAAAUGGUGGAACCGUAUCACGAGCUGCUCAUCUAUGUGGCCAUUUGUCUCGACCAACGACAUCGAUGGCCAGAUCACGGCGAUGAUGAGGUGGUAUGGUCUCACCCACCGCGACGAGGGGUCGUAUGACCGACUGGGCGAGAUCAGCUGUCCUGUCUUGAUCUUGUGCGGUCAGAGGGACAAACUGGUACCUGAACAGAACAGCAUUCUGCUGUGGCAGAAGAUCAGCCAGGCCAACCCCAACGUCCACAUACACAUGUACCCAGAGUCGGGCCACGGGUUUAUGUUUGAAUACCAUCAUCAUUGUGCGAGACUGGUCAAUGAAUUUUUGGAUGAAAGGGUAAAAGUGCAGUGUUCAUGCGAAUACUGUCGAUACUGA